GCUCAUGCAUCUGGCAACAUUUACACAUUCAAGAGUAGCUGUACAAUGCCGACAUCUUGCUAUAAACAAGAAUGUCCUUGAAGAAUAAAUGUUAAAUGAACGGAAAUCGCAUGAAUGAUAUGCUUAAAUUAAGAAGAGUCCAGAAGAUUAAGGAAAUCAAGCCAAGGAAAUCUAGCUGAAUAGCUCAAAGCAAAUGUAAUAGCUCAAUCUAUUACAUUUAAUCUCAAUGAAUAUAAAAGUCAUUUAAAUGCCAGAUCAAUCAAGCACUAAUUCGACUUAAUAAUGUUUUUUAAAUAAAAGAUUUAUUGUCAUUUGUGUUUCUUAUACAUUGUCUUGCCUUCUUCCAUUAAAAUAUUUUGUAUGAAAUCAGUCUUUCUUUAAUGUGUCUGAAGUAUCAGUAUGGAAAAUGUUCAAAAUGGCACUUGGUGUGCAUUACCCGAUUUAUGCCCUAUUUUAUUACUCUAAAUUAGAGGUGGAUGUGCUGUAUGUAAGGGGGUAGAGAAAGUUGUUUGUAUGCUAAUAAUUGUUUAGGCAAUUUUUUAUUUUACUUAUUUCGGAAUUAACCUUAGCUUCAGUAAUUAAUAUUAUGGUAGGCAUGGCAUUGUGUAAAUUGGUUCCAUCAUUGAUUUGUUAUAUGUAAUGGAAAUUGUUUCAUUACUGUGACAUUUGUGUUUGAAUACUGUAUAUAUAACAAAAGUUUUGUACAUUUGUUUUUGUGAAUGAAGCAGUUCAAAAGAGAAGUAAAUAAAUAUAUUAUUCUGUAAAAGUUGUGUUGUCUUAUAAUUUGUCAUAUGUGAUGCUAAUACCCGAACUGUGUAUGUAUAUAGAUAUAUAUAUACACACCCACCCUGUACAGCAUGAUUGAAUGUGCUGCAAAUCUGUUGAGCUGUUGUUUAGUUGGUAAUUAUUAUUGUUAUUAUUUGCUUUCAAAAUAUACUAAUUUAAUUGGCUGCAUAUUUUCUCCAUUUGAUAAUUUUUUAGAAUACAUAUGGAGCAUAUUUGGCAUCCAACCUGAAUGUUUACAAAUCUUUUUUUGUUUCAGUUCCUAGCAAAAGUAUUAAAAGAAUGUUUCUGCUGUGAUGUGGAAUCUUGCUAUAUUUUAAAUGUUUGAAAAGGUGAUUACAGAACUCCGAGGUGAUAUUAGAAUAUUUCAAGUCCUUAAAAAUAAUAAGUCAUUCCUGCAGUAUAUUUAAGUGGCUGAAAAAAGUUCUUGUGCGUAUAAUGAAUUUUCUGUGAAACUGGGUAAUAUAAUUUAUCUUAAUUAUGUGUUCUUCAAACACAUAUAAGAAGAUGAUAUUUAUUAGAAAAGUAAAAAUGCAUUACAGAAAAUAUGAACAUGAUAUUUAAGAAUUCUAAGAUGUCUGAUAAGACUUCUGUAAAUCUGGCUAAUAAAAUAAAUGGAUCGUCCGAUAACUCACAGAUGUUAUCAUCUGUACUUAAAGGUAAAGUAGAAAGUAAUACUGCAUAUCCUGAUGUGCAAGUUCUUGCAACAGUAGCAGGUCGUGAAUUUCCAGAGAAAGCUAGGAUUUUACCCAGUUCAUCAACAUGUGGAGAAGAUGUUGCUUUCCUCCAGUCUGAUAGCUCUCAGAUUUCUUUUAACUCUUCAUGUAGCUUAGAUAAUACAAAGUUGAUUAAAAAAAGGAAAAGGCCGAGAAAGUCAGUUUAUUGGCGUAAUAAGAAACGUAAAACUAAAAAAAAAAAUUCCAGUAAUAAUCAACUAAAACCUGUAGAUUUAUCUACAGAAUUAACGUUGAAUGAAAAAAUAGAUUCAGAUUCUUCAGAUACUAUUAUUCUAGAUGAUACUGACCUUGAGAAUAGUAUUCAGAAAUCUUGGAAUGGACUUGCUGAAGAUGAAGGAAGCCCAUACUUAGGUACGUUAUUGCCUAGUAAAGGUAUGAUGACGCGUGAAAUGCUAGCAUGCUAUAUUUCGUUACCAAAAUUGGAGGGAUCCGACACACGAAGUUCUGUUCCAACUCGGAAUCAUUCUUAUAAUAAACAGUUGAAUUAUAUGGAAUAUUCAAAUGGAACUGAAAGUGGAAUGCUUACUAGGUUAGAAGGAAACAAUUCUUUACCAAUUAAAACUGAAGAAGAUUCAUGUUUAGAUGACACUGCUCCUGUUUUGGUCCCUAUCAAACAAGAAAUUGAUGAUUCUGUCUGUGAUGCAACGAAUGAAUUGCCACCUGUUCUUCAGCAUGUACCCAGUGCAUUGCAAGCGUUAUCUGUUCAGAAUAAAAACUCAUCAAAAUGUGAUAUUUUAUAUGGUCCAGAAUCUUCAUCAUUUCACUUUCCAGUUGUGCAGAACAAUAAUGGCAACAUUGAUUGUAAUAUUGCGGAAAAAACAAAAGGUCGAUCUCGUGGAAGAGGUAAAACUAGGCAGAUUCGUGGAAGAGGUGGAGGUAGAAAAGGAUCAAGGUCAAAUGCAAAUACUCCUCAAACAAUUUGCAGUGGUGCAGAAUUUGAUAAUUUUUUAGUACCUUCUGAAUUGGAGACAAUCACAGAUUCUUCAUUACCAUGUAAAAGUCCAGUGGAAUGCGGUCCAUCUAACUUUAAUCAAACUGUUUCCAGAAAAAGGGGAAAAUCAAGAACUGUUAAAAAUGUACAGCGGCAGAAAUCAUCUGCAGAUAAUUUGGGUAAAGGCAGUAUGAAUAAUACAAAAUGUGAAAAUCAAACUCAGAUUCCAAAAUUUGAAACUGAAGCAAAUAAAGCAUAUGUAUUUAUGUCAUUUGAAGAAGAUGUGAGUGAAAAUCAUGAUGAUACAACUUAUCUUUCAGCAAUAAGGAUAAAAGAAAGUAAAAAUAAAUCUGCAUGUAAAGAGUAUGCUAAUUAUUCAAGUGUUUCAGUGAAUGAUCCUCAUGAAAAGCAAAUUCAGUUAUUGAAUACAAAUGAAACUUCUACUGCCUGUACUUCUGAACAAAAAAGGAAAUUAAGCAAUAAAAAUAAUUCCACCAUAAAAGCAAAACCUGGUCUUAGUCUCUAUAAUUUUAAUGCUUUAAAAAUUAAAAAAGAAAUUAUAGAUUAUGGAAAUGAAGAGUCUGUACAGAAGAACAAAUCUGAAACAAAUCAUAAUCGCCAUAUUUCAAAUAAAAAUAAUGAAACAGAAUCAGCAUAUGAAAAUAGUGCAGUGAAUACUUCGUGUAAACAAUCAACUGGUCCCAGUUCUUUAUUAGAAAUGCAUGAUACUUCUAAUGUGAUAGGAUUAGGAUCUUCUGAAAACGUACUUUCUAGAUCAGAGCAGCAAAUUCCUGUUAAAUCUUUAAACUGUAUCGAAAUAAAGAAAGAGCCAAUAGAUGAUACUGAAAAUUUAUUAUCAGCAUCAGAAAAGAACUGUAACUUAGCUAUAAGUAAUUUAACUGCAAAACAUAAUUUGUGUUCUUCAGAAUCUGUGAUUCCAAAUAAAGCUUUUGUGCUAAAGAAAAGUUUAGAUGUAGAAAAUCAAGAUUCAGCUAUAUCUGGAAAAUUCUGGGAACAGAAACUCAAGUGUAGUACUGCCAGUACUCAGAAUUUAAAGUUAAGUGAAGAUGUUAAUCCUAUUUCUCACUGCCAAAAUAAAAAGUGUGCUGGAAAUGUUAAUAUCCGUUAUAUUGAUUUAGAAUCUGAGAAAGAAAUCGAUAAUAUUUCAGGUCUUCCCAUUGCAUCAGAUGCGGCUUGUAUACCAGCUUCUGACUCUUCCAAUAAAAAAGACAAGACUGGAAAUGCUGAAGCUCUUAAAAGUACUACUAAAAAACAGAGCAUUCUGUGUAGUCUCCUAACAAAUUCAAAAUCUCCUAGCCCAAAUCUUCCUUUUGAAUCAGCCAUACAGAAGUCUGCUUCUGAUUUAUACCUUCCUCCUAUUGUUUCUAUUAAAAAAGAGCCAGUUGAUGAAGAAAUCCCUUUAGAUUCAUCUAGAAAUUAUCUAUUUAAUCAGUCAUCCUGCAGUGAAAGCAAUUCUAACAAACUCCCAGAAACAAUAAAACCUGGUAAUGCUGUUCAAAGCAUAUUAGAAAUGUCAGGCAGUAGUUUAUCUGUGCAAAGUUUACAGUCCUGUGAAAAAGUUGAUUUAUUGCAAAUUUCACCGGAAGCAUCAUUAAACACAUCCAGUUCUUCAACUUUUCCUAUUAAAAUUAAACAAGAACUAACUGAUACUGAUAAUGCUUCAUUUAACGAAGUUUCUGCAUUUAAUACAGUUAAGCUUAACAUUUCUAAUACAGGUCAUCAAUCACCAGUUGGGAGUGGAAGUAAUUCCCAUACUGAUGCAUUUUCUAGUCAGCAGUCAAUUUUAAAUGCCAGUCAAAUUCCAAGCAUUCCUGAAACCAUUGAAAAUAUUUUGAAUACUUUAAAUUAUAAACAGAGCUCAACUAGUACUUCUGAAAACAUCUCUAAUUUAAAUUCUCAUUUAUGUUCAGACAACAUGCAGUUUAAUCAUAGCACAAAUUCAACAGACAACUGUACAGAUAUACCACAUAAAGAUUUUUGUUCUUUACUUCCGUCUGCUGUUAAAAUUAAAAACGAACCAUGUGAUGAUAAUUCUGCUGGUAUUUGUGUGUUGAAUCAAAUGUCCAGCAAUGAAAGGAUUGUCAGUGGAUCACCUUUGCCUGAAGUAACUUUUAGAACUCAUGAAAGCAAUAGUUCUAAUACUAGGGAAACAAUUGAACAUGCAAGUCAGAUAUUUUCUGAUGAUUCUAAUUCUUUGCAUAUUGCUGCUGCAAUUAAAAAGGAGCCUUGUGAUGAUACUUCAUCAGUUGAAGAAAUACCUAUAUUUAAAAAAGGAACAGCUACAUCUGAGAAUAAAGAGUGUGACUUAAGUACCAUUUGUAAAGUUUCAUUAACAGAAAAUAUAUCAGUCAUUUCUGAGUCAUCUGAUGCUGAAUCCAGUAUUGCUAAACAAUCGGUAACUGAUCAUUCAAUUGGAGAUAUUUCUGGGAAAAUAAAUUCUAAUUCCUGCUCAAAUUCGGAAUCUGAUGUAGUGUUCUCAUCAUCUACAGAAGUUAGUAAAAAUGAUGCAAAAAAAUUAAAUAAUGUACCUUCUCAUAGCACUGCUUCCUUAGUUACUGUAAUUCAGUCCAUAGAAUCUGAGUCAGGGAAUUCUUGUAUACAAGAAAGUGAAAGAAAAAAAUCUCUUAUAUGUGACUCAAAUAAAAUCACCCCAGAAGUUUCUCAGUCAGACUGUCUUCCUUCACAAGAGUCUCAGUCUCUUGCAGUCGGUGCAUUUACAUCUCCAGUUCAACCUCAGAUAAGUAUCGGGAGUGAUAAGCAUGCCUUACAUGAAAUUUCAUGUAACGAAAAGAGUGUUGUGGAAGUCUCAUCAAAUUUAAAUAAAGAAGAAUCUUUAAAAACUGUGAAGAGUUCUCAUUUGCUUUCUGAUUCAGUUAGUACUUCUGAUAUAUCGCAUCACUGUUCUAGUAUUGACUUGGUUUCUGAAGCGAAAAAUAUUCCUCUUUUACAUGAUAAUUCUCCUUCAAAUCGCAAACUUCCAUGUGAAGAAACAAAACUUGAAAAGUUUUCCUUAAAGGAAGUACCAUCUGAUAACUAUACAGCUAACUUAGAAAAGAAAUAUAAAUCUUUAUAUAUGUAUCCUUAUCCAGCUGAUGCAUCAUUGGGCCCCCUUAGGCGUAAACAUAGAUGCCGAUCUAAUCUUUAUGCCAGAAUAAAUCCCUUAUCCCUUAAUUUAAGUUUAGAAGAAGUUGUAUCUCGAUUACGCUGUGCUGAAAGUAAAGCUGUAACUUUCCAGAAUGAAUCUGAAGAUACAGUCAAAUUAAUAAUAUAUCCACUUAUGGAAGCAGAAGCAGAAUGUUAUCACAGAAUAUUGGGUAUAGCUCCUUCUCAAAAAUUACUCUCCAAAUGCUAUAAACCUUCAAAAUUAUUACCUGCAGAUAAUGAGAAUUUUCCAAAAGUUGGGUUUCUUCCAGUAUCCAGUUCAGAUGUGGAUGAUAAGGGUAUUCCAUCACUUCAAGCUAAUAUUAAUCAAAAUACUGUCUAUGGAAAAUUCUUUGAAAACUUUAAUCCUGAUGAAGUCUCUGAAGAUAUGGUAAAAUAUGAUAAUCCUAAACAAGGUGAUUCAUCUAAUUUAGUUGCAGAAAAAGGUGAAGCCAGUGAUCAAUUUAAAACAUUUCCUACCUUAAAGUCUGGGCAAGAUAAGGUGGAUUUUGUUGCAAGUGUUAAUGAUUUUAAGGUAUCAGAGCCUGAGAAAUUGAGCAAUUUGUUUUCAGAUCUUGCACAAAAAUUUAAUUCAUUCACCAAUAAUUCUAUAAAGAUUGAUAAUAUUGGCUCCAGAGUCUCUGAAGUUGCUUAUUGCACGAAGGAGAGUUACAUGAAUCUUGAUGCUUAUAACGUGGGAGAAGUGUUAUCUGAUAACAGUAAUUCAUUUGUUCAGAAUUUAGAAAUUGGUAUGGAAAAUAAAAUAAUAGGACCAUCAACCGAAAAUAAAGUACAACAGGAUGUAGAUUGUACUGACAUUAGCAAGGACAUGCUUUAUAGUAUCAUUCAGAGUACUCAGUUGACAUCUGUAGAUAAUUUUAUGCCACUGAAUGAUCAGACAGAGUUAUCAUCAGUUAUUUCAGAUAAUAAAAAUACAUAUUCGGAUUCACCAUCUGUUGUUAAUAAUCCUCUGCAGCCUGUAAUUGAGAAUUAUAAUGAGUUAUUUGUUAAUAAUGGAAUUGCCAAAUGUAACAACAAUCUCAAGGAACAGGAUGCUGCUUGGCCAGAUAGUGCAGUUUCAAAUAAGUGCUUGGAGAAAAUUGAUAUACCUAUUUCUGAACUGUUGAAAAUAGUUCAGACUGCUGAAAGUUUGCAUUCAAAUUUGACUCAAAAUAUCAUUUCAUCAGAUACUCCUGAUUAUAUUCAUAAUGAAGCUACUAAUAAUAAGGACAUAAUGCUGUUAAAAAAUACAGCAUUAAACUAUAAUCAUUAUGACUUAAAUUAUUCAGAUGUUAUGGAGCAGUCUGUUCACUCAAAAAUUCCCAUAAUCCAUGAAUAUGACCACAAACCAGCAAGAUUUUGUGAAGAUAAUAUUCCAAAUGUCACCCCAGAUAGAGUUUGUAAUGAAAGUGCCAAUAAAACUUCAAAUAAUAUUCCUGUUAGUGAUUCUGAAAAUUUAUCUGACGAUGGUGCAGAUUAUAUUGAUGUGGAUGUGGCCACCAGAAGUGAUGAAGAAGAUAAUUCAAACAAACAGCCUAGCAGUGAUGAAAAAGAACUACUUAAAAGUGAGCCUAAAUAUAAAAGCAGGUGGGAAAAAAUCAUGGAAAGAAAAACAGUUGAACCUGAAUCAAGAGGAAAAGGAAAAUUAAAUGAACAUUUAUUGAAAGAAUGUUUUCCUGUUUCUGAAACUAUAAGUGGUAAAUUAUGUAAAAAAAGUACAAAGAGUGAAUUGACAAAUUCCAUCAAGAAAUCAAAUAGUCUUGAUGUGUCUAAAAACUUAAGAAGAACUAACCUAGAAAAAAGAUAUGCAACUUUUGAUGAAUCUAAAAAACUGAAGAAAUAUAAAAACAAAAGACCCAAAAAAGGUUAUAGAAAUCAGAAAUGUACAACUAAUAAAACUGUGACUUUUAUGACACCAUCUUUGUUUUCACCCGACAAGGUUGUUAAAAAGUUUGAUCCCAAAAGAGAAAAAAUGCCCGACUCGCCUAAGAUUAUCGAGACCAGAGAAAAAUCAAGCGAUAGUCAUGGUAAACGUUUUUAUGGGAACAGAGUGACAAAUCGAGGCAGUUUUUUAACUCAGUCAUCCGUUAGUCAGCCACCUAAAUUUAAAAAGUUGCCAUACAAAAGUAAUUCUAAAAAUAAUACACUUAGAGUUAAAACAGAUGAAUUCCAUUCAAUGGUUCAGUCUCCAGAAAUAGAAAUAAUUUCUGACAGAAAUAAACCGAGAAUUAGAACUGAAGACAAACAUCAAGUAGCUCAGUCUUCAGAAACAGAUAUGUUUCGUCACAGAAGUGUCUUGAAUAAUCCUUCAUAUGAACGAGUUAGUGAGUUGAGUUAUGACACGAAGAAUGUAAGAAAACCUGUGAGUUACCCAGUUUACAGACGGAAAGUGAAUUAUUCUGAUACAGUUGAUCCUCUUUAUUCUUCUGCAAAUCCAGCAACACACAUAGUAAACAACUCCAUUUUAAAUACACCUUCCAGCAAUUUUUCUGAAACGUAUCUUCCUAACAGACCAAAAAUACAAGAGAUUCCUCCAGUGCCUUGUUCUACAGUGAUCAAUCAUCUAAAAGCCAGUACGCAGUUUAAUAAAGAACAUUUUAUUGAAGUUAAUAUGUAUAAAAAUUCUUGUAGAUCUGAUCCUAGACUUCAACCGUACAAUUCCAGGGUUGCUCCUAUUUCCCCAGAAAUAAUAACUGAUCGUUUGAUGCCAGUUUUCCACACUACGCAGCCAAAUGCUUCUCCUGUCGAUUUUGGUUUCGAUACUUCUAGUUUAAGUAAUCCUGUUCUUGUUGGUGCAACUAUCCCUAUACCUGUUACCCAAACAACACAAAGCUCACAGCAACAGUCAGCAAGGUUGAAAACUAGUAGAUGUAUAUGUCUUCCUCCAAGGCACAUGAAAGCAUCUGUUGGAGAAAAGAUUUUUGAAACAAUAAAUGUUCUUUUAUUAAUUUUGGAAUGGAAUGUUGACUGGCUUGUACAGCAGCAAAGAAAUCAUGACCCUCCUCCUAUAUCAAAAUUAGUUAAAAAAGUUAAAAACAGCUAUGAAAGUAUGGAAGAUUAUUAUAAUACAUACUUUCCGUUAUUAUUGCUGGAAACAUGGCAGAGAAUUUAUGUGUCAUGGACACGCUUGCAUCAAGCUACACCAUACUUCUGUGAAAUAACAUCAUAUACAGUUGAAACUCAUUAUAUAAAUGUUGAGUGCAGAACUGUUUAUAAGAGUUCAGAUGUUGAUAGAGGGAUAUUUCCUGAAGAAGGGAAUAUUAUAGUAGUGAAGUUUGCCACUGUAGGAAAGGGAGGGAUUAAAAUUCUAGGAUAUGUUACACAUGUUAAAGUUAAACAUUUUAAUCCUGAAAUGGAACCUGACAAUGUAUGUUAUAAGACUCUCAAAUACAGUGCAGGAGAUCAGUUGCAGUUGAUUAAAUUGUCUUUCAAGGGUGCUUAUUCAUCAGAAGAUUUCGACAAAAAGCAACUUAUUCGCAUUCAGGUGCUUUGCAAUAUCAAGUCCACUUUAAAACAGAAUGAUGCUUUAUUAAAUUUACAAGUAUCCCCUUUAUAUGCAAAUAUUCUGAAUCCUUUAGAAGAUGGGUUACGGACAGUAGCUCUUGCUGCGCGCCAUCUUCAGAAAGCAGCUGAUAAAGUGUCUGAAUGUGUAAGAGAGGUUAUGAAAGGUAUUUUAUCACCCCAUCCACUUCCUUUGCUUACUGUUGUAAAAUCAUUGCCAUCAUCUGAUCGUUUGUUGAUUUUGCCUCAAUUAGUGGAAAGGAUGAAAUCAUCUUAUGCAACUAAAGUACUGUUAUGUACCAGAACUACAAAAGCUUUAACAGAUAUUGGAUUUAAUCUUGAAGAUUCUGAAGUAAAAGUUGUGAUUAUUGGUAAAAGAGGUGAUGUUCAUCAAAAACUGAGAAAGUAUAUGUUAGAUGAUCUUGCUGCAGCGGACAUCUCUGCUAAAUCAGGUGAAUUAUCAAAUGAAAAUAAGACUCAUUUAACCAAAGAUCAAUCAAAGACUGAGCUACUUCUGACUACUAAGAAACGCAUAAUUAGUGAAUGUGAUGUUAUUUUGUCUCAAAUUCGUAAUUGCCAUGAUGAACUUAUUAUACAGGCAUGUGCAGAAUUUGAUCAUAUUGCCCAUAUGUGUUGUAUUAUAGAUGAAGCAAAUUUGUGUACAGAACCUGAAAUUUUAAUCCCACUUUUAUAUGGAAUUAGUAAAUUAAUUUUGAUUGGUGAUCCUGAUAUACCAGCAAAAGUUUGCUCCAAAACUGCAAGUUCUUAUGAUUAUAACAGAUCGUUGUUUCACAGAGCUUAUGAUUUAGAUUUAAUUGAAGAUUAAUUUAUAAAUUAUUUUUGAACAUUGUCUACUUUAUGAUUAAAGCAAAAUUUUAGUUCCUUGACCUUGUUAUUUCAAUUGAACAUUCAAAAAUAAAAUUGCAUUUUAAA